GAUGCAAUGGAUUUCAGGCGGUUUUCGCUUCGGUCUCCCCUCCGGCCCUCCCUACGUCCCGAGCCCCCGCCCCGUUCCUCCCCCACGCACGCGGAAGCGCAGCGGCGGCGGCACACCGCGGGUUGAGGCCACCGGCGACAGCGCUGCACAGCGCGGCGGGACUCCUCUCCUAUUCUCGUUCCAUCCCCACGUACGCCGAGGGAACCGGUUGACCCAGGUCUCAGCCCCGAUUCCUGUCCUCCCCGGUCCAGUUCCCCCCAUUCGAAGCUAGAUCCGAGGAGAACUUGUUGCGCUGACCUGACCUGACCUGACCUGCUUUAUUGCUCCAGUACAAUGAGCUGGAGAUUUCCUCUUUUCGGCUCGCAGCAGCAGCAACCUGAUACAAAUUUCCAGGACAACCCUACACAACCAUGGUACCCUCCGUCUGUCCUUGGUUCAUCUUCACAUCCAUCCCUGCCCAGCUCGUCCAGUGGUAGUCCACAUCAAAGAGCUUCUGAUAAUCCCCAAUCAUUGCAUGGUCAGCCAUCUCCAGCUGAGGCUGCAGGGAUAAUUGCUCGCUUAAAGGACAAAAGUGUUGAUGACUUGCAGAGACUGUUGAAAGACAAAGAGGCAUACAGUGCUUUCUUCAAUUCACUCGAUCAAGUUAAAACCCAGAACAAUUUGCGGGAUGAGCUUAAAAAGGAGACAGUGCAACUUGCAAGGGAUAAUUUGGAAAAGGAACAGCGGAUCUCGGAGAUUAGGAAUCAGUGCACUAUUAUAAGAACUACAGAACUAGCUGCUGCUCAGGAUAGGUUGGCUGAUUUAGAAAGGCAAAGGGAUGAGGUUAUGAAGUCGUAUUCCCCUGCUGCACUGCUCGACAAGCUCCAAAAAUUGAUGGCGAAGUUAGAUGAGGAGUCUGAGGAGCUGCAUCAGAAGUUCCUGGAGAAGGACAUUGACCUCCCUACCUUUGUGCAGAAGCACAAGAAGCUCCGAACUGCCUACCACAAGCAGGCAUUGCUCCAUCUCGCCGGCAAGACCUCGGUUCGCUGAGAUCCGUCACCCUAUUGUUGUAUGUAUCCCAUUUUCCUGUAUUCUGUACUGCGAUAGGCUGUUUAUAAGUGCUGCUUAAAAUUGUAGAGCUUGCCAAACAUCAUAUUUGGACUGCAUGUAGUAUUUAAAGCGUGAAUUCAUCAUCAUGUCAUGGUUUUCACUUGUA